AUGGCUCCACAUGCUACAGCUCUUAUGCCCUCUACCUUGUCUACCGACACCCUCAUGGCUGCUCUUGGCAUCAACAGGCCCCCAUCUCUGACCACCUCCACUGUCAACUAUACUCUCCCGGCAGUGACUGAGAUGCCUUGGUGGGAGGCAAUGCAGUCCGUGGCUGAGCUGCCUAUACGUCCUAAGCCUGGCAAGCCAGUGGUCAAGGCAGCAGGGGAGAAGAAGUUGUUUGCAGCAGGUCCGCCUGUCAUGCAUACAGAUGAGUUAUACUGCACCUCUGGAAUCGUUUUCAACUCCGUGAUAGGAUGUACAAAUUUGUGGUCCUGCAAGCAUCUGGAGCAGGAUGAGGAGGGGAACUUUUGGUACUCUCCGGAGAUGGGUGAGAAGAUCAAUGUGACAGAUGUUAUAAUUUGGUAA